AGGCAGGGGCAUAUUCGAGGACCCGGCCGGGCCCCGGAAGCAGCAGAGCCUGGGGCAGGAGCUGAAGGACCUGAGCGACACCGAGCGGGUCUUGGACCAGCUGAUUCAGAGCUGCACCUCGGACCUGAAGCACCUGACGGAGGAUGAGGCCAACCAGAGAUUGGCCUAUGUAACCUACCAGGACAUUCGGGCUAUAGGAAACUUCAAGGACCAGACCGUGAUUGCCGUCAAGGCCCCUCCUGAGACUCGUCUGGAAGUCCCGGACCUGCGGGAGGAGAACCUGCAGAUUUACCUGAAGAGCACCAAUGGGCCCAUCGAGGUGUACCUGUGCCCAGAGGAGAAUCGGGAGGCAGGUGGCUCCUCCCAGGAGGCUCCCCCCUCCGGCCCCGGCCCUUUCCCUGGUCGGUCCAGCAGCCCCAGUAGUUCUUGCAGCCUGGAUCUCAUCGCAUCCCCUGGUAGGUGGUUGGCCAGGGUUGGGGCCUGCUUCCUCUCAGUCUGGGCAUAG